AAAUAAAUAAAUAACAUUUUUCCUUUCAUGAGGUCAGAGCCUGGUCACAGCACCAACUGAAGAAUGUAAUAUCGGGUGCUCUCAUCAUGCUUUCUCUCCUGAUAAUGUUUCCUGUAAAUCUCUGCUCAGGUACCCACAUCUCAUAAUUAUUCCAAAAUAUAAUGUUUUGCUUAAAAAAAUGCUAAUUUCAUGCAAAAAAUCCCCAAAUAUGCUGCAAAUGUUACUGUCUAUCUGUGUAUAUUUGCAGGCCUCAAACAACUGAUGAGCGCUGACAAUGCAUUAUUAUGUACCCAGAUAAUUCAGGGAUAAUUUACUAGUAAUAUUUCCCCACUUUAGGAUUAUCUAAAGUAUGCAAUUACAAAUAUGCAAUACCAUUUCAGCCAUUAAUGGCAAAGUUAGCCAAAUAAAUGAUCAUUAAACCAUUUAAAAAUUAAGUUACCACUAAAAGAAGCAUUACAAUUUUCCAUUGGAUUAUAAUGAAAUCAUGGCUUAUGUAAGUUUUGGCCUAUGAAAAAACAUUUCAUAAUCACUUAUAAAACAUUUUGUUUUGCUCUUUCCACCAUCUUUCUGUGCCGCCACAACGGUGCGCAUGAAUGUCCUGGUUGAUGCUCUCAAGAGCAUCAACAAUGUCGAAAAGAGAGGCAAACGCCAGGUGCUUACUAGGCUGUGCUCCAAAGUCAUCGUCCAGUUUCUCACUGUGAUGAUGAAGCAUGGUUACAUUGGCGAAUCUGAAAUCACCGACGAUCUCAGAGCUGGGAAAAUUGUUGUGAACCUCAGAGGUAGGCUAAACAAGUGUGCUGUGAUCAGCCCCAGAUUUGAUGUGCAACUCAAAGAUCUAGAAAAAUGGCAGAAUAAUCUGCUUCCGUCCCGCCAGUUUGGUUUCAUUGUAUUGACUACCUCAGCUGGCAUCAUGGACCAUGAAGAAGCAAGAUGAAAACACACAGGAGGGAAAAUCCUGGGAUUCUUUUUCUAGGGAUGUAAUACAUAUAUUUACAAAUAAAAUGCCAUGGCCGGGCGCGGUGGCUCAAGCCUG